GACCACGAAAUUUUCCGUCUCCAGGAUGAAGUCGCCCAGCACGAGGGUAGCAAUGCCACCUUCUACUCCUUCCUCGGUGUAAAAGACUUUGCAAACCUCGAUGACAUCAACGCUGCCUACAAGAAGAAGGCCCGUGUCUUGCACCCUGACAAGGCCCGUCAACGCUUCAUCGCUACCUACGACUCGGCCCCGCCAGUCAAGAACACCAAGAAGGGAGACAAGCCCACCGUGCAUGUCAAGAAGAACAAGAAGCCUUCGCAAAAGGAGAUCAAUGCUUUCGCCAAGGAAGCCUCUGCUCGCUUUGCUCGUCUCGGCAUAGUCACAAACAUUCUUCGUGGUGCUGAGCGCCAGCGCUACGAUCACUUCCUCCGUAACGGCUUCCCCAAAUGGCGCGGAACCGGCUACUACUACCAGAGAUUCCGCCCUGGUCUCGGCUCUGUCAUGAUCGGUCUCUUCGUCUUCCUCGGUGGUGGUGUCCACUACGUUACCCUCUACAUGAACUGGAUGAAGCACCGCGACUUUGUCGAGCGCUACAUUCGCCAGGCCCGACGUAUCGCCUGGGGUGACGAGGUCAGAGGCAUUGCCGGUGUUGACACCACGCCAGCUCCCGUUCCUGAACCCUCAUCCGAGGAAGAACCUCAGGCCAUGAAUUGGAACAGAAAGGAGAAGCGUGCUGCCGAGCGUGAGAGCAAGCGUGCUGCAAAGAAGCCCAAGCCAGCUAAAGCUACUCUUGCCGAACAGGCAAAGAACUCCGGUAUCAGCACUCCUGUCGAGGCUGAACUUACCAGCGGUCCCAUUGGCGCAAAGAAGCGCACUAUCGCCGAGAACGGCAAGGUCCUCAUCGUCGAUAGCGUCGGCAACGUCUACCUCGAGGAGCGCACCGCCGAGGGUGAGCUCCACGAGUUCCUCCUGGAUGUCGAUGAGAUCCAAAGACCUACCAUCAACGACACCUUCUUGGUCCGUCUGCCCAUCUACCUCUACAACAAGUCUCUGGGUACCGUGCUUGGCAAGAAGACUUCUGACGCCGAGAUGGAGGAACUGCUCGAGGGUACCGAGGAAGCCGAGGGUGUUGACGCAGCCACUGCCACGCUCAAGUCGGCAGCUCAACCCAACGGCAACGCCGAGACUCGCAAGAGAAAGCUCAAGUCCAGCAAGCAAAGA